CAUAUUCUGUGACAAGUAUUUUGAUUCGUAUCUGUUGGAAGUAAGAAAAGAGAAAUUAAGGGGGAGUAGAGGGGGUAAAGAAGAAGAGCUGUCAAAAUAAUUCCCGUGUCUCUGAAACAGCGAGGGCUGUAGUAACCCCCCACUCGAGUCAAAACAGAGAGGGCCUGGGUACCGUAGAAACUCCGUCUACGAAGUCCACCUCGCCGCUUUUCUUUCAGCACCACGGCCCUGUGGGAGAUUCGGUGGCUGAGUUUCGGGUGUUGAAGGUGGCCCGGGGAGCGGCGGCGGAGACGAAGAUGCUCAAGCUGUGGCUGAGGUGCUGCCACCACUGAGGCGUCCUCAGUGUGCUGAACGGAGCGAGCAGAGCAGUCCUGACCUGGCAGUACACGAAUGGCCCAGGGAAGCCACCAGAUUGACAUUCAGGUUUUGCACGACCUGCGCCAGAAGUUCCCUGAAGUUCCAGAGGGUGUUGUUUCCCAGUGUGUUCUGCAGAAUAACAACAAUUUGGACGCCUGUUGUGAGUACCUGUCUCAAGUAAGCCCAGGCUACUUGUACAGCAAAGGAGGCAAACUCAACUACACUGACGACCCCAGCUUCAUCAGGUUCCGGAAUCCCAUGACCCAGCUGAACCUGGGCCUGCAGUCUCAGUCUCAGAAUGUGCAUGCGACCCCGGGAAGGGACGGCCUGAGGAUGAACGGCAGCAGGACACUGUCCCACAGUCUUAGCCUGAGCGACGGGCCCCUACAGACAGGACAGCCCCCGAAUAGUGACUUCUUCCAGCAGGAGCCCCAGUCAGCCCCGGUGCAGGUGCCCGCCAGCCUCAAUGUGUUUGGCGUGAUGGAGCCCACGCGCAAGACCCAGCCGCCCCAGCACCUGGGACUCUACCAGCUGGGGGGGAAAGGACAAUCCAUGGGCCAACAUGGCCAGCAGAUGCCCCGCUUCAACCCCAUCACCGUCACCCUGGCCCCCAACAUCCAGACGGGUCGCAACACCCCCACCUCUUUGCACAUACACGGCGGGCCCCAUACACAGUCCGGCUUGAGCAGUCCACAGGGUAACUCUAUCUACAUAAGGCCGUACGUGACCCAGCCCAGCGGUACAACCCGGCAGAGCCAGCAGCAGCUUCAGCAGCAGGCAGGCAGGGCCCAGUACAGCCCCACCUCCCAACCCCAGCAGCAGAUCUACCAGAUCUCCCAUCCCACGUCACUGCCUGGCUCCUGGACAGGCCCUUCCUCCCAGCAGCACCAGCACGGCUCCUCACAUACCUCACAGCACCAGUCACAGGGCCACCAGACCUCCCAUGUCUACAUGCCCAUCAGCUCCCCCACCAACCCACAGGCCCCCUCCUCUAUCCUCCAGGCCCCCUCCUCUAUCCUCCAGGCCCCCUCCUCUAUCCUCCAGGCCCCCUCUGGAGGUCAGGGCUCCUCUUCUGGUGCCUCCUCCUCUGGCAUGCCCUCUGGCAUGUCCUCCUUCAGCCAGUACAACAUCCAGAACAUCUCCACCGGACCGCGCAAGAACCAGAUAGAGAUCAAACUUGAAUCUCCUCAGAGGAGCAACUCCACCACGACCACGGCCGUGCUGCGCACCAGCAGUGGCCCCCGAUCCAACUCCUCCACCUCCUCCUCCUGCCCCUCAUCCUCCUCCUCUGUCGCGGCAGCCCCUGGCCCAACCACCACCCCCCUGUCCAUCGGAGGCCCAGGUCUGAGCCGCAGCCAGCCCACUGUUUACAUCUCUGCCAGCCCGCCCACUGUUGCUGCUACCACCCCCUCUGACGAGGCCAACAUGGCCUCAUCCGGCUCUCGCUCCCAGCCCAAGUUUUACAUUACUGCUAAUAACGACGACGGUGGGGGCAGAAACCCUCCAACCGUCUACAUCUCUGCUCAACCACCUCCGCACGGGUCCCAGGGGCCCCGCAAUAUGGGGGGCCAGGUGAGCAUGGGCCCCGCCUACAUCCACCACCACCCACCCAAGUCCCGCGCGUCUAUGGGAGGGGCAGGCACGGCCACCUCGCCACGAGUGGUGGUCACCCAGCCCAACACCAAGUACACUUUCAAAAUCACCGUGUCCCCCAACAAGCCCCCAGCGGUGUCCCCCGGCGUCGUGUCCCCCACCUUUGAGGCUACCAACCUCCUCGGCCUCCCCUCGGACCACCAUUUUGUGGAGCCAGACCCACAUCAUCUCUCAGACCCGCUGUCUGUACACAGGGAGAGGCCCAGCGAGCCACGCAGACUCAGCAUGGGCUCAGAUGACGCAGCAUACACACAAGCCCUGUUGGUUCACCAGAAGGCCCGUAUGGACCGGCUGUGGCAUGAGCUGGAGCUGAAGAAGAAGAAGCUGGAGAAGCUAAAAGAGGAAGUCAACGAGAUGGAGAACGAUCUGACCAGGAGACGGCUGGAACGAUCCAACUCCCAGUCCCAAAUCCCCUCGAUUGAGGAAAUGCAGCAGUUGCGAUGCAACAACAGGGUACUGCAGAUCGACAUUGACUGCUUAACUAAAGAAAUCGAUCUCCUUCAAACAAAAGGACCACACUUUAAUCCCAGUGCCAUUCAUAACUUCUAUGACAACAUUGGAUUCCUAGGUCCUGUCCCACCCAAACCCAAAGGUACUUUAUCUGUUGAGUCGAGCAGUAGGAGCGUUAAGACUGUAGCAGACCAGGAGGAAGACGAGGGGACGCAGUGGAGCUGCACGGCCUGCACCUUCCUCAACCACCCCGCCCUCAACCGCUGUGAACAGUGCGAGUUCCCACGGCACUUCUGAGCCACAAAGACGCCAACAAUACCAACAGCCCGCUUCACUUUUUAAUGCGAAUCAAAGAAACUACAUUAGAAAAGACUGUUUUUUUCUUUCUUUUUCUAGUGGUAAGAAAAUGAAUGGACAGGGGUUUGUAGUUUUUUCCAUUUUGGGACUGUUUCUUUCCCCCCUCCUCCAAGGUUUGUAGAAUGCUAUCCACUGAAGGCUUGACUGGAUAGUGUUUACAGGUUGUGUUACUUUACUAAGCCAGCAGAGUUGGAUGAUACCUCACCUUGGAGUCUCUGCAUGCGUGGGUUCACCCCCCUCUCCCUCCUCCUACUCAACGCUCGGCAGGCGACUUUACCCCUGGGGAUGCCUCGCUGCUUCCAUAUACAGUAUUAACAAGUUGUCCUGCAGUGUGUUGGCACACACAAACACGUAAGCCAACAUGGGUGCCAACGUGCAUUUGCUGAUUAUUUUUUUCUUCUGUGAUGGCCUAAUCAGGAAUGGGAACUUUGGUCAGCCGUCACCUCACACCUGAAGGGAAAACUAACAGACUACUUGUUGACAAUUUGUUUGGUUGCUGUUUCUAGAGAAUGACAGGGGGAAACUUACUGCCACCAAAACUUUUCUCUCGUCUUCUGUAAUGUCCCUUAUCAAUCUGCGUCUCUUCAAUCGAGAGUAAAAAGAACGGAAACUCAAUUGCAUGCUUUAUGUGUACAGUACAUGGAGGGAGGAAAUACCCUUAUGCUUUUUACUGUACAUCAUUUUUGAAUGUGCCUUAAAUGCCUUCUUUCUCACUAUGAAUCACUUGUAUUUCCUGUAAGUAUAGCUUUAUAGACUUGAUUUACUUUGUUUUGUCUUGUUUUGUUUCCAUUUUCUUUCAAACCAAUAAGCACGGUGUCCCUUUUAAGCUUUUUACUUGAUUUCUGUGAGAAUUGAAGCAUUGUGGAAAAAAGAGGAGCAGUUGAAUGAAAACUAUGGAGUCAUGAAGCUUCUUCCGCUCAGUCUGUCGUUCAUCGCUUGUGUAUAUGCUGAAUUUCCUGUGUACGAUCUGCAGAUGCAGCAAAGUCAAAAGAAAGAUGGAGGAGUUUUUUUUAGGAUGCAAGAGCUCUUGGACAGGUGAAAAAAGCUCAUAAGCAGAAUGACAAACUGCCAUCUUAUCUGACAACUGGAAUGUAGGUUUAAUAUUUGGGGACUUUUACACCUCAGUGCCAAGAGACGCAUGAAUUUUACAGUUCAUCCUAAAACUUGCAUCAGAAUAGAAGCUUUCGAGGGCGGAUGAAAGAAAGACGGACUUUGGUAAUUGUAUUAAGGUGUUAAGGCCCAUGUACAGCUUGGUGGAAGGCGACUGUUUCCUGAGGGCUUUCAGAAUCAAAAUAUUUUGCUAUGCCGUAUAAAUUGGGUAAGUGUUCCAAAUGAAUAUGUUAUAAAGUAUUCCUCUUUCAAAUCAGCAGAUAUUUAUGUAGGUAUGUGCUUUACCGUAUCUCCCCCUGGCCAGAAGUUUAGAAUAUCUCCUCUAAUAAAAGACAAUAAGGACAGUGCCAUUGUUAUAUUUCCAAUAAAGUGAGACAAAAUAGUGUCUGUCCUCAUUGUAUAAUCAUGUUUUUAUUUGGUUUAAUUUGUCCUGUGAAGCUUUUUUUUCAUGAGGAUAGUUUAAAAGUUUACCAUUGUAAUGAUUUUACCUUAAUUGUGGAAUAGGUUAUUAUUGUUUGUUUUUCACGUUGUGAAAUGCUGCCACACAUUACUGCCUUGGAAGGGCAUUUGUAUUGAUAAUCUAUGCAGUCACAAAUUAAGAUGUCUUUUUUUUUACCAAAGCUUAGUAUUGUCAAAAACUGAUUAGGUAGAAGCCAAAUUCUUAGUUGUCUCUUAAGCACUUAUAAAAAAAAAAAUCUGUAAAAACCCCAAAGAAACAAAUUGUUCAGCUUUAUCUGCAGCUCGGUGUGAAGUCGGUUAAAUGUUUUAUUCAUAAAAAAAUACUAAUUUGGAUAACUAAAGUGUUUUUUGAUUUUAGCUGGGAAAACUGUCUUUGUAACAGAUAAGUUAUUUGUAAAAAAUAAAUAAAAAUCUAUUCUGAAA